GUGAUUUGGAACACCUCAGACCACUUUAGUCCAUGUUUUUCUUUCUUUUCUUUUCUAUUUUUUUCUUUUAUCUCUCAGGAAUUUUGGGUAUUAGAAAUAGCUCCAGAAACCGUGUGCUGUCAGAGGAAGGCAGAACAGUUUCAUGCUUCACAAGAUCCAUGACUGCUGCAGUCCUUUCAUCAUGCCUGUCCCUGCUGGCAUUUUUAUUAUGGGUAGUGUGUGAGGUUGUGCUGGGUACAUCUCAGGAGGAGAGGUGUGUGUAUCUGGACCAUGCACGGCAUAUCGACGCUGUGGGUCUCUCUCAGGAUGGAGAUGUGGUCAUCGGAUCACUCAUCAAUUUCUACAUGCAGCCACCAGCACUUGACAUGAGCUUCACCAAAGAACCGCACCUUCAGCCCUGCUAUGAGUUUCAGGAGAGUCCUGUGCAGUGGGCUCAGGCUCUUGUCUUUGCUGUGGAGGAGAUUAACAGAAAUCCUUUAUUGCUCCCGGGGGUUCGACUGGGCUACCGUAUCAUGGAUAGCUGCUCACGCUACCCACACAGCCUAAGAGCAGUCAUGUCUAUGAUCAGUGGUGGAAAUGGCUCCUGUGAUACCUCCCGACCUGCCAAACUGAUCAUCGGAGACUCUGCUUCCACACAGUGUAUGAUCCUGUCCAGAGUUCUGAGCCCACUGCAUGUACCGAUGAUCAGCUACCUGGCUACAUGUGUGUGUCUCAGUAACAGACGAGAAUAUCCCAAUUUCUUUCGCACCAUCUCCAGUGACAUGUAUCAGGCUCGCACCAUGGCCCAGAUGGCCAGACGUUUUGGCUGGACGUGGGUCGGUGCUGUGGUGGAGGAAAAUGACUAUGGACUCCAGGCAUUGCAAGCAUUUAAGGAAGAGACAAAAGGCACCGGCAUCUGCCUAGCUUUUGUCAGCACUAUCUUCCGGGAGAGAUUGGCAAAAGAUGUGGAUCGUGCCGUGAAGAUGGUGCAGAGCUCAUCUGCUCGUGUGAUUAUUGUGAUUGUGUGGGAUAUGGAUGUGGAGAUGUUUCUCACUGAGCUGGUUCGCAGAAAUGUGACAGAUCGACAGUUUUUGGCCAGUGAAGUUUGGAGUACCAGCAGUCUUCUCUUGAGCAACCCUGCACUCAACACUAUUGCCCAAGGCACACUGGGUGUAGCUGUUAGGAGCGCACCCAUUCCUGGAUUUGAGAAGCACCUGAAAGAGCUCCAUCCCUCCCGGUAUCCACGAGAUACCAUCCUAAGGGAAUUAUGGGAGAGGACGUUUGGCUGCAGCCCAGUGCAGAACAACAUGGUAGCCUCUCAGAGUGGCUUACCACCAUGCAGUGGGAAGGAGAGUCUCGAGCGAGUACAGAAUAGUGUUACAGAUGUCUCCAACUUAAGAGCCACUUAUAACGUAUAUCUGGCUGUUUAUGCAGCUGCAUAUGCGCUCCACUCUCUGCUGAACUGCACUGCACCGAACAGCUCUGACCCCAAGCUGACCCCAGGCUGCUCAUCUCCAGACACCAUCACUACACAACAGCUCUUAGAACAACUUAAGCUGGUGAACUUCACCACUCAGCUGGGAGAGAAGUUUUACUUUCAAGAUGGUGAGACUCCAGCCGUGUAUGACAUAGUGAACUGGCAGAGAGGUCCAGGAGGAGCCUUGCAGUAUGUCCUUAUCGGCCGACUGGAGGGUUCAAACCUCAUCAUUAACGAAUCUGCCAUCAGCUGGCCAGGAAACUCCAACAAGGUUCCUGUAUCUGUGUGUACUGCUGAAUGCCUCCAAGGCACACGGAAGUUUAUAGAGAAAGGCCGGCCAGUUUGCUGCUUUGACUGCCUGCCCUGUGCUGAAGGCGAAUUCAGCAACAUCACAGGCUCACUAGAAUGUUAUCGUUGCCCACCAGAGUUCUGGUCCAAUAGUCUCAGGACUGCAUGUGUACCACGUGAGGUUGAGUACCUCUCCUUCAAUGAGACCAUGGGCAUCACCUUGACUACUGUCGCCGUGUGCGGUGCCAUGAUGACAGCAGCUGUGGGUGUGGUCUUUGUGUACUACAGACAGACUCCUAUUGUUAAGGCCAACAAUUCUGAGCUGAGCUUCCUGCUCUUGCUGUCACUCAAAUUCUGCUUCCUGUGUUCACUGGUGUUUGUGGGCCAGCCGUCAUUAUGGUCCUGCAGGCUACAGCAAGCAGCGUUCGGGAUCAGUUUUGUUCUGUGUAUCUCCUGCAUCCUGGUCAAAACCAUAGUGGUUCUGGUUGCAUUUCGUUCAGCUAGACCUGGAUCUGCAGCCCUUAUGAAGUGGUUUGGACCAGGCCAGCAAAGAGGAAGCGUUAUGUUCUUUACCUGUAUCCAGGUGAUUAUCUGUGCUGUAUGGUUGUCCCUCAGUCCCCCCUUUCCUCACCGUAACUUAAGCAUUCAAGGGUCAAAGAUCAUCUUAGAGUGCAUGGUGGGGUCAGUGACAGGCUUUUCUCUGGUUUUGGGCUACAUUGGACUGUUAGCUGCCGUUUGCUUUCUUCUGGCCUUCUUCGCCCGGAAGCUUCCAGACAACUUUAACGAAGCCAAAUUCAUCACUUUCAGCAUGUUGAUCUUCUGUGCUGUGUGGAUCACCUUUGUUCCAGCAUACAUCAGCUCCCCUGGAAAGUACAGUGUCGCUGUAGAGAUAUUUGCCAUCCUGGCUUCCAGUUUCGGUCUCUUAAUCUGUAUAUUUGCCCCAAAAUGUUACAUUAUUUUACUCAGACCAGAAAACAACACCAAGAAAUUUCUCAUGGCAAAAGUACAAUAACAAUCAGCAUCUACGGUGUGACAGUUACUCCGUGCGACAGCUUUCUCAUGUUCAUCGAUUGCUCUGUACUUCCAUUGUACAAAAUAAUGUGACCGAAUACUUUGAUGGUACUUUUAGAUACAU